AUGAAGAGAGGCAAACAACGAAAGGAGGUAACCCUCAGGAGUGUCCCUGGAGAUGAUGAAGAAUCAGGCAGACAAAAAGGAGUGAAGGAAAUCGAAGGAUGGACCGGCGGUGGUACAAGGCUUACAUACAAUGGCCUGAACGAGGCUCAUCUGCCCCAGCCUGGCGCUAUGCCCCUUUCGAGACCCCGACUGCCUGCCGCUAAAACUAGUAGUAACCCUAUGGCUAUCAUCAUCCUGCAGACUUUCGUCAUCCGGGGUGCCCAAACUGUCCCGCACUGGCUCCGCAAGGACAGUCAGUCACAUGACAACGUUAUUUAUAGUGAUAAGCCUGGAAUAAAUGAACAUGAUCACAUAUGGUAG